CUGAUCUGGUUGCAGCUUCCACAAUCUGCAGUGGUGGCCAUAGCUGGAACCGUACCGCUCAGAAAGGGCUCAUCACCAUGGCAGAUAACUACUUAUGGUUUGAAGGAGUACCUUUCUUUAACGACUUCAGUCCUGAAACCCUAAGAGAAUUACGUGAUGACUUUGUAAUAAAGGCUGAAGAUGUCCUCACAGUGACUUACCCCAAAUCAGGAACAAACUGGUUGGUUGAGAUUCUCUGCCUGAUUCACUCCAAGGGGGAUCCCAAGUGGAUCCAAUCUGUGCCCAUCUGGGAGCGCUCACCCUGGGUAGAGACUAAUUUUGGCUAUCAAUUACUAAGUAAGAAGGAGGGCCCACGUCUCAUCAGCUCCCACCUCCCCAUCCAGUUAUUCCCCAAGUCUGCCUUCAGUUCCAAGGCCAAGGUGAUUUAUGUCAUCAGAAAUCCCAGAGAUGUUCUUGUGUCUGGUUAUUUUUUCUGGAAUUUGGUGUCAACGUGUAAGAAACCAAAGUCACUAGAAGAAUAUUUUGAAUGGUUCUGCCAAGGAAAUGUGGUAUAUGGGUCAUGGUUUGACCACAUUCAUGGUUGGAUGUCCAUGAAAGACAGGGAAAACUUCCUGAUACUGAGUUACGAGGAGCUGAAGAAGGACACAAGAAAAAAUGUAGAGAAGAUAUGUCAAUUCCUGGGAAAGACGUUAGAACCUGAAGAACUGACAUUAAUCCUCAAGAACAGCUCCUUUCAGGCCAUGAAAGAAAACAAGAUGUCCAAUUAUUCCUUUACGGAUGGUAUUUUUUUAAAGAAGGAAUUACCACUUAUGCGAAAAGGCAUAACUGGGGACUGGAAAAAUCACUUCACAGUGUUCCAAGCAGAAGCCUUUGAUAAACUGUUCCAGGAGAAGAUGGCAGAUCUCCCUCGAGAGCUGUUCCCAUGGGAAUAAUGUCUGAAACACUUUGGGUCUUAUAUGGAUACUGACGUGUUCUUUUCUCCUUUUACACGUGCCUGUAUAUCCUGAAACCUUAAAUUAUCAAAUCUUUGCAUCUUUGACUACUUUCUGGUUUAAAAUUACCAGAGUUUCCCUAUGCAUGUCAUGGCGUCCCAAACCUUUUGAUAUGUUUGUAGUGUUUCAAACAUGUAGAAGGCUGCAGAAAUAAUAUAAUAUCCAAAAGUG